AGCAGCAAAAACUAGUAACUGGUUUACUUGUCAACUAGUGGUCUACUUUGCUUUCCAACAAUAUUUUUCGAGUUUUAUAUAUAAUUCUAUAUUUAUUCUUUAAGAAAGAACGUCUCGUCACCCACCCAACCAGCCACACACCGCCGUUGCUGAUAAUCCCGCCGCCGCUGCGACGUCGUCAUAACCCGCCUUUUAUCCCUAUUCCGACUUCUUUUCUUAUCAUCACUUGUUUAAACAUGCUCAUAAUCCACACUUCCAGCUUCGAUCUAACUUAAACCCAAAAAAAAAAAAAACCCAAUAAUACCUCCGAUUAAUCUUGAUUUUUCGAAGUGAAAAAAAGAGAGAUCGUCGCUUGUUUUGGGGGUACGGAAUUUUCCUACAGCUGUAGAUAACCUUAUUUCUUGCUAACUCUCUAGGGUUUCAUUUUCCUGCGGCGGUGUCUUGAAUAAUUCCCAAGAAGAAGAAGAAGAAGAAGAAGAAGAAAAGAGGGUUUUGAAUUUGGCUUAAUUUAGUAAUCAAGAUAUGGAAGAAUACAAUCUCCAGCUGAGCGAGGAUGCGAAUUCGAGAGGCGGCGCGUUCGUGUACCGCGGCGGUCCGGUUCUGGCGGGCAGCUCCUCCAUAUACGCACGCGGCGGCAGCUUCCAUCUCCAGUCGGGCGAUUGCUACGAGCACGGCGCGGUGGUGAAGACCGAGGCCGGAACUUCGCAGAACCACGCUCCCAGGUUUCAGUAUCCCUCCCAUGAAAAUCUCCAUGAUCACCACCACCAUCAAACUCAGACUAAUCCCAUCCAAGUCGACGCAAUCAAAGCUAAGAUUAUUGCCCACCCGCAAUACUCCAUCCUUUUGGAAGCUUACAUGGAUUGUCAAAAGGUAGGGGCGCCGGCGGAGGUGGUGGCGCGGCUGACGGCGGUGCGGGAGGAGUUUGAGGCACGGCAGGUAGCGACGGGGGCCAGCAGAGAUGAGUAUUCCAAGGAUCCAGAACUCGACCAGUUCAUGGAAGCUUACUACGAUAUGUUGGUCAAGUAUCGAGAAGAGCUAACACGCCCCUUACAAGAAGCCAUGGAUUUCAUGCGACGGAUCGAAUCGCAACUCAACCUCCUUACCAACGCUCCCCUCCGGAUCUUCAACUCCGAGGAGAAGAGCGAGGGCAUUGGUUCGUCGGAAGAGGAGCAAGAUAACAGCGGGGGAGAGACGGGAGUGGCGGAGAUCGAUCCACGAGCAGAAGACCGAGAGCUGAAAAACCACCUACUGAAAAAGUAUAGCGGAUACCUGAGUAGUCUGAAGCAAGAACUCUCCAAGAAAAAGAAGAAAGGGAAACUACCUAAAGAGGCCCGCCAAAAACUACUCAGCUGGUGGGAGCUACAUUACAAGUGGCCAUAUCCAUCGGAAUCGGAGAAGGUGGCGUUGGCAGAUUCCACCGGUUUGGACCAAAAACAGAUAAACAAUUGGUUCAUAAACCAACGAAAACGGCAUUGGAAGCCUUCGGAAGAUAUGCAGUUUAUGGUGAUGGAUGGGCUUCAUCCACAAAACGCAGCCCUCUACAUGGACGGCCAUUAUAUGCCCGACGCUCCCUACAGGCUCGGCCCCUGAUGCAUAUACGACCUCGUUUUGGGUUAGCUUCAUACCCUCCCGGCCCUCGCUAAUACUUUCGUAGCUCAAGCUUAUAUAUAUAUAUAUAUAGCAUGACUUAUAUGUGUUGAUUCCGUAAGCUAUUGAUUGUGAGCAACAACGCACUUGGUUUUGCUCCUGCAUAUGAUUAAGUUAAUUUGCUUUUCAUCUUCAAAAAUGUAUUGUUACUUGUCUGUCUUCA